AUGUCGACGAUAUGUUCUACGACCCCAACGCUCACCCAGACAACACUCAUCCCAACAGGCCAGUUGAUCACGACAUUCACGAAUAUCCUCACCACCGAGCCCGGCAUCGUCUCAACGUCCUACCUAAGCACAUGCAUCCCCUUGCCCUCGCCGAACACCUCAUGCUCCAACUCGUACGCGACAUUCUAUAACACCAUUCACGGUCCGGUGUACACAACGCAAGUGCCCAUCACGAUUGCCGUCGACGACUACAUCACUCAGGCAGCCACGUUCUACGGCACGAUUUGCACCGUUAUCAAUGCGCCGCAGCCUCCUGUCGUCGUUCCCAGUCCACCGGUCACUCCAAGUCCACCGACUCCAAGUCCACCGACGCCAAACCCUCCGACGCCAGCGCCUGUGACACCCUCUCCUCCAACUCCCAGCCCGGUGCCACCUCCAACCCCGAACCCUCCAAGCCCCAGCCCGACCGACCCCGUUCCUCCAGUACCCACCCCAAGUCCACCUUCACCACCCUCAUCCACCGAGCCGGUACCCACUCCAACGACGAGUGCCCCAACGAGGACGACGGAAGGUACGAGGGCCGUCACUUCGCGUUCGCAGAGGACGGUCUCGCCUGGGGCAACGGGGACGGCGAUCGGUGCGCAGGGCCUGGGAGGAGGGGAAGAAGGAAAGAAGAAGAGGAAAGUCCCGAUCGCUGCGAUUGUUGGAGGUGCACUGGCAGGGAUGUGGGCGGCUAUUGCGUUGGCGUUCUUGGGGUGGUUUUUCUUUAUCAAGCAAGCUGGAGGCGCUAUUAAGCUAUCCGGUAACGGGAACAACGGGAACAACACCAACGGGCAAGGCAAAGAGGAUGUACUCCUCGAUCCUGCCUACCAGCAAGCUGUCGGCCAACAAGUUACUUCUCAAACUACCUCCCAACCCCAAUCGCAGGGGCAAAGUCCAGGUCAAACACAAGGUCAAGGCCAGCAAGGACCGUUAGACGGCCCCGAGCGCUGCGAACCCCAACAGUACAACUUCAACGACCAAGGUCAAGCCCAGGGAUACACGUACCAGGCGCAAGGAACGAUGUCCAAUCAAUACGCAGCGGUGCCGACUUCAGACCCGGGCGCUUCGUCCGCAGUGCAGGCGCAGGUUCAGGCGCAAGGACCGAUGCAAGGGCAAGUGCAGACAGCUGGAACGACGGGGACAGAGCAAGCCCAAAACCCAUUCCUGGACGCUUACCAGGACUAUCAGGACUAUCAGGACUAUAAACCCGACCGCCUCCCCAAACGGCUCGAGCAGAAGCUGGCGCAGAAGAUCGAGGAGCAACUUUCCUCCUCCUCUGCCUCUGGUUCGGGCUCCGGUCCUGGGAUGCAAGCCGGCGCUGGUGUAAGCGUGUCCCCAUCGUCUACUUACACUGCUAGCAGCGGCACCAGUGGACGAGUCGGAACGGGGAUGAGCCAGUUACCGCCAGGCGCGUCUCCAGCGCGCAUCGGUACAGCGGGCGUCGGCGCUGGCGCUGGGCUUGGGUAUGGCCAGUCAUCUGCGGCCGCUGGACCCCCGUUGUAUGCUCACAGUCAAGCGGCGUAUGAUCCUUUCGUUUCCCAACAAUAUAUGCCGCACCUCGCGGGACAGUACAAGGGGUAUGCGGAGCCUUCUCGAGGGAUGUAG